GCGGGCCACUCGUGCCCGCCGCCGCUGACGUCCUUCGACGACGUCCGGGCGAAGCACGGCGCGGGGCCGAUGCUGAUGAAACGCCUGCGAGAGGCUGGUUUCGUGGACCCGACCCCGGUGCAACGGCAGGCGGUGCCGAUCUUGCUGGGGAGGCACGAGCUCCUCGCGGUGGCGCCCACGGGGAGCGGCAAGGCGCGCUCCAUCCGACACUGGUCCCCAUACGACCGCACGCUCGCGUUUUCGUUGCCCAUCCUGGUCGCCCUGAAGACGCGCGCGAACGUCGGCGGACCGAGGGCGCUGCUGUUGUCGCCCACGAAGGAGCUCGCGCAACAGUCGCACAGGAUAUUGACGCUGCUGUGCCGCGGGACGAACUCGCUGAGAACGUGCCUCCUCACGAAAGCGACGCAGAACAACGAGAUGGACAAGGUGGACGUCCUCGUCGCGACCCCUCUCCGUCUCAAGUCUCUCAUCGAGAAGCGAAAAUGCAACCUAUCUUUUGUCGAGUUCCUCGUGCUGGACGAAGCGGACAAGCUCUUCGAGAUGGGCUUCGUCGAGCAAGUCGACGCCGCGGUCGCGGCGUGCGACGGCCCGCGCGUCACCCGCGCGCUCUUCUCCGCGACGCUGCCGGAGACGGUAGAGCAGCUCGCGCGGAGCGUGAUGACGUCGCCGAUGCGUCUCACCGUCGGGGAGCGCAACUCGGCCAACGCCACCAUCGCGCAGAGGCUACUCUUCUGCGGGCGGGAGAGCGGGAAGAUGCUCGCGCUGCGGCAGCUCAUCUCCGACGGGAUCAAGCCGCCGAUCAUCGUGUUCACGCAGAGCAAAGACCGCGCGAAGCAGCUCGCGAAGCAGCUCCAAGGCGACGGCUUGCGCUUGGGGUUGGUGCACGCGGGGAUGUCGGACGCGAAGCGGCAAGCGCAGGCGCGUUAUGCUGCGCGUUACGUGGACCGGUUCCGCGCGGGCGACGCGUGGACGCUCGUCGCCACCGACCUCAUGGCGCGCGGGAUGGAUUUCGUCGGCGUCGGCACCGUCAUCAACUACGACUUCCCCGCGUCCCCGCACGCGUACAUUCACAGGAUCGGACGCAGCGGCAGAGCGGGACGGCCCGGCGCGGCGGUGACGCUGUUCACGGAGGAGGACGCGGGACGAGGGGAUCUCCGCGCGAUCGCCAACGUGAUGAAGAACAGCGGAUGCGACGUCCCGGAUUGGAUGCUGCAUCACGCGGGGAGCGGCGACAGGAGCGGCGUGAGGAGGAGGAAGAAGCGGAAGGACGGGAGGGAGGAUAAUCCGCGGAGGGAGGCGAUCGAUCCGCGCGUCGCGGCGAACGCGGCGGCGGCGGCGACGGCGGCGGCGGCGCGGCGGAGGGAGAAGGGGCGCGCGGAGGCGAAGAAGCGCAGGGCGGAGAAGAAGGCGUCGUCGUCGGAGAAGCCGAAGCCGAAGCCGAAGUAG